AUGUUCCAGAACCUGAUUUCGACGUUGUUGAAAGGAAUUGACGGAACAGACGUGUCUAUGGAUGAUAUCCUGAUCUAUGCAGAAACACUGAACGAAAUCACGAAAAAGGUAGUUGACCGGCUGAAGAACGCAGGCCUAAAACUGAAUCCCGAAAAGUGCCUGUUCGCAAAAAAAUCGGUCCCCUUCCUGGGCCACGUCGUCUCAGAGGAAGGCCUCCAUCCGGACAGUGAGAAAAUCGAAGUGAUUCGGAGAUUGAAGGUGCCUGAAAACAAGAAGCAGCUUCAGCGUCUGCUGGGAAUGAGACGAGGUGAAAAUGUGCCCAUCGCGGAUGCUCUAAGCCCAGAUGUGCAAACCCCAACACCGGAAAACGGCGAAGAUUUGGUCGUCCUCAACGUGUCCAAGGUCUGGAUGAAGGAGAUAGUAGCAAAAACUGACGAACAUGCCACACUUCGAGAGCUGAUCAAGGUCAUCAAGGUAGGUUGGCCGAAUGAUCCGGAGAAAAUUUAUACUGUUCUCGAAACCUACUGGAACUACCGUGACGAGCUUUCUACCUACGAGGAGCUGAUCUUCAAAGGGGACCGCUUGCUGAUACCUGAAACGUUUCGUUCCAAAACCAUGAACAUUAUCCAUGCUGGCCACUUCGGAAUACAAUCUAGCAUCAAGAGGGCCAAACAGCUGGUCUUCUGGCCUUCCAUGGGUCGAGACAUCGAGCGAUUCGUCCAACAAUGCAAUGUUUGUCAGAAACACAGUCGCAACAACGUGAAAGAGCCGAUGAACGUCAACAAAGGGCUGAGUGCGCGUGCAGUGCAGAUUGCGAAAAACAUUCUGAUAAAGUGCUACGAUGAUAACAGUUCGGUACAGCUAGCAUUGCUCAACUAUCGCAACAUUCCACGCGAUUCGAAACUCCUGUCGCCGAAGCAAAGACUGAUGAGCAGAAUCACCAACUCGCAACUUCCGGCUGGCAAUCAGAAACUGAAGCCAGCAGUGAUUGAAAACGUCAAGCACAAUUUGGAGGCCGAAAGGUUUAAACAAUAA